CUCACCAGCCCUCAGAGAGAGACGAGGGUGGCGGCAGCGGGGUGACAGCCCCAGCGCGCGGGCUACGUGCGGCAGGCUCGGGGUAUUGGCCGGUGUCUGCCGCCCUCAGGGGUAUAUAUGCAGGGGCUGGUAUUUUUAUUGCUUGCCUCCAUCCCCAGGGAACAAGGGCGGGAGAGGGGCGCGCGCUCCAGCCGAGCGUCGCGGAUCGGAACGGGUCGAAGGAGGCAGUUUUGCGAGUGGGGGAGGCGGGGGAAACCUUGAUUUCCACCAAUCCCCGGGCGUUUGCCUGCGAAGUCCGGGGCGCAGCGGAAGGCUGCGGCGCGCCGCAGAUUAACUGAUGAGAGCGAGUUCUUUUCUUCGCCGGGAGGGGUGGGGAGCGCGGGUCCCCGAGGCCGAGGCGGAGAAGCCCGGCGCAGGGUAACGGUCCCGGGCCGCCGUGGAAAUUUCCAAGGACGCGGCGCGGGGCGCGCGUCUGGGGGUGCCUGGCGGCGCCGCGGCGCGAGAGGCGGGGAGAGCGGCGGAGGGCGCAGGAGCGCCUCUCGGAGGGGACGCCGCGGCCAGAUGUCUGGGAGGGCGCUGAGCCUGUGCCCGGACCCGCGCCGCGGGCGGCCGUGAUGCCGCAGAGCCGGCGGGAGCCACUCGCCGCCGCCGCCGCGCUCCGCGCUCUCGGAGGUCCCGGCGCCCGCCUCCUGCAGGGGAAGCGACCCUGGCCAUAGCUCGUGACUUGCUCUCCGGCCACUUCCCCUUGAAAGAAAGCCUUGGAAAAGUUGCAUUAAAAAAGAAAAAUCCUUGCGCUGACCUUUGGGGCCCUAGGGGCCGAAGAAGCGUGCGCGCGAGUGGAAGCAAGAAAGCGAAAGGUGCGUGUGCAUGGGGGGCAGGCGCGGGGGCACCCUCCGCUGCCACUUGGCCCUGGCGCUGUGCUGAGGCCCCGGCCCUCGCCCCCCGGACCCCGGGGCUGAGAUGAACGCCUGCGGGCGGGCCCGGAGACACACGUCCAGAGGGGCCAUGGCAGUCCUGGCGUGGACGCUCCCGCGGAUCCGGCUGCCGGUGGGAGCCAGCGCGCUCUGCGUCGUGGUCCUCUGUUGGCUCUACAUCUUCCCAGUGUACCGGCUGCCCAACGAGAAGGAGAUCGUGCAGGGGGUGUUGCAACAGGGCACGGCGUGGAGGAGGAACCAGACGGCGGCCAGAGUCUUCAGGAAACAGAUGGAAGACUGCUGCGACCCCGCCCAUCUCUUUGCUAUGACUAAAAUGAAUUCCCCCAUGGGGAAGAGCAUGUGGUAUGAUGGGGAGUUAUUAUACUCAUUCACCAUUGACAAUACAACUUAUUCUCUCUUCCCCCAGGCAACCCCAUUCCAGCUGCCCUUGAAGAAAUGUGCGGUGGUGGGAAAUGGUGGGAUUCUGAAGAAGAGUGGCUGUGGCCGUCAAAUAGAUGAAGCAAAUUUUGUCAUGCGAUGCAACCUUCCUCCGUUGUCAAGGGAAUACACUAAAGAUGUUGGAUCCAAAAGUCAUUUAGUGACGGCUAACCCCAGCAUAAUUCGGCAAAGAUUCAGGAAGGAAAAUUUACAAUCACCUAAAUCAUCAGUGACUGCGGUUACGAGGACGUCAUGCACCCAUUUUGUACCCAAACAUCGUUUGGGGUUUCAGAACCUGCUGUGGUCCAGGAAGACAUUUGUGGACAACAUGAAAAUCUAUAACCACAGUUACAUCUACAUGCCCGCCUUUUCUAUGAAGACAGGAACAGAACCAUCCCUCCGGGUUUACUAUACACUGUCAGAUGUUGGUGCCAAUCAAACAGUGCUCUUUGCCAACCCCAACUUUCUGCGUAGCAUCGGGAAGUUCUGGAAAAGUAGGGGAAUCCAUGCCAAGCGCCUGUCCACAGGACUCUUCCUGGUGAGUGCAGCCCUGGGCCUCUGUGAAGAGGUGUCCAUCUAUGGCUUCUGGCCCUUCUCUGUGAAUAUGCAUGACCAGCCCCUCAGCCACCAUUACUAUGAUAACGUCUUGCCCUUUUCUGGCUUCCAUGCCAUGCCAGAGGAAUUCCUCCAGCUCUGGUAUCUUCAUAAAAUCGGUGCGCUGAGAAUGCAGCUAGACCCGUGUGAGGGCACCUCACUCCAGCCCACUUCCUAGGGACCACGGAGAAAGAAAGAACUGAGCCGGGGCAUUUUUGUUAGGUUUUCUACAUGACUCCAAAAGGAAAUGGUCAAGUCAUUUCAUGGAUUUGCAUGGACCACUUGGAAAACAGAAAGAAUGAAAACCCAAGGAGAUUUCUACUUUUAAUGUUAGCUUGGAGGACAAAUAAGAAAUGCACAUCCUGUGAAAUAUUUUAUAGCACAUGUGGAUUUGCAACGAAUAACACACUGAUGAAGUGAUGUUGGCAAAGCACAUUGACAUGGUUUAAAUCUAGAAGGUACAUUUCACGGACAAGUUGGACCUCUGGUGGAAGAUGAGAAAUUAAUCAAGGUGGAAAAAAUGAAAUGCCAGGCCAAAGUGUUACUGAUUAUCAACACAAACUGGCUUCAUAAAAAAACCUGUCUUACUAAGAGUGACAUUAGAACCAUAGGGUUUUAAAAAUUAUUAUCUAUUUUUGCCCUAUUUAGGGGCAGUGAGUUGGGUGAUGGGUAGAUUAAAAAUUCCCUUACUGAAUAAUAAGGAUACAAAACACUGCAAUUGAUUAUUGUGAUUUGUUAAACCAAGUCUAUGUUAACUAUAGUCCCCCUCUAUUUAAAAAAUGUUAAGUAAGAAUUGCCUCCUCCCCUUUCGUCAAGUCUACUUAGACAAUGUGAAGUAUUGUUGAAUUUAGACUGUGUUGAUUCAAAGUCUAGAUAACAUGAGCCACUUUCCCUCCUCCUCAGAAUUUCGGACAUAAACCGAAUUUUAGGUCUGCAUUAUGUAAGACUAUUUGCAUCGUCAUUAUUAUUUUAGUGCAAAAAAAAAGUUCAAAUGCCAGUGCAUUAUUCAUUUACAAAUUAGCAUAACUGUCUUCAUAAUUUAAUGUUCAGAGAUGAAGUAAAGCACAGUGAAGUAAAAGUUUAGGUUCUGGAUGACAGACUGGAAUACACAUCCCCAUUCUAUCCACCAAGGUACAUUCACUCCAAGAUAAAACAUAUGCAUCCACACAUACAAGCAUGCAUAUGCUCAUGCACACACCCACACACAUUUGUACACACAGUUAAACAAAGCUCAUUACCAUGCAGCUAUGAAAGCCGAAUCCACAUAUCCUGGCAUGACAAAGAUCUAUAACCCGUGUUGGAGAGCUUCAAAUGUGCUGCCCACUACAGCUUGAUACAAGACAGCCAGCUUAUUGGUUGCUGCUCACAAUGCUCAAACCAGCAUGAGUUGCAAACUUCACCCCCAUAGGCUUACCCAAAAUGAGCAGAAUUGUUUUAUUUAUUUUAACUCUCCCCAACAUCUCACGAAUAGACCUGUGUUGAGCAUGGUCACACAAGUAAAGGGAUGUGAAUUACUA